UUGUUUACUGUAUAAGCGAAGUUUUUUUGUUCUCUGCAAAUUUCAAAGCGUUUAUUAAUAGUUCAUAGUUUUGUUCAAAGAAAUAUUACCAGGAUAUGACGAUAUUUAAACUUCAAAGGUUCCCAAACGUUUGCCGGUUGUGCCUGCAGGCUAAAUCCUCCGCAGAAAUGAUUUCGCUGGACAGCUACCGGCCUGCAGCUGGUUGCUCUUUGGCCGAGAUGCUUGAAGAAAUUAGCAUCAAAAUACCUUUUGAACUGGCUUGCUAUCUUCCGGUGGAGCUGUGCGAAAGUUGCCUGGAAGAGUUCGAGUUCGUAUUCAAGUACAAAAGAAAGGUGGACCUGAUACAGCGCUUUUCGAGCGCCCUGGCAGAGGUGAAUAACGGGAAUCAAGAGGUUCUGGUGCAGAUGUUCGACAAAGAAAAGGAGAGCUUGCGUGUGCUCUUUAAGGAGUUGGAUCUGUGUGAGAAGGAGGGCGCAGAAGCGGAGGAGCUUCUGGCCGAAUUCGAAGAAUACGAUAUCGCCUCAACAAUAUUCAUCAAGGUGGAAGGUAUUGAUGCUGAUCAGAUUGAUAAAGAGGCGAAGGAACUUCGUCCAACGGAUAAAGGCGAAGAUGAAUCUAAAUCUUUUAAUUUUUUGGACGAGUUUCAAAAAUCUUUGGAUGAUCGGCAAAUUGACGGAGAACAUUUUAUUGAAGGAGAUUUCCAAGAAGAGAUUUUGGAAAUGCCUAUUGCAAAUGAUAGCGAGUGCGCUGAAAUCGAGGAAGAUUUAAAUUCUGAGUACACUGUGAUUCAAGAACCUGAGGAAGUAGCAACUGCUAUCACUCCUGUCAUGGAGAUAGAUGAUGAUGAUGAAUCGAUGGAUGAGCAACCACCUCCCCAGAAACGACGUUACAAUCGGCUGCCUGAGGAGGAAGAAGAGGAACAACAAUGCAACUUGAACUGCAACUUUAGAACGACAUUUCCAUCCCAUUUUGAAAAGCAUUUAGCUAGAUUACAUGCAGAUUCGUUAGAAAUACUUUCCUGUCAUCGUGUGGAGUGCGAGGAAGAGCUGUUCGACACCGUUGAACUUCUUAGGCAGCAUAAAAACGACCUCCACAAUACGCACAUUUGUAUAAUUUGUGGUAAGGUAACGAAGCACCUGAUUGCCCUGGAGAACCACAUUCGGAAUCAUCAACGAGAUCGUGAGCCUACGCUGCAAUGCACGAUGUGUGAUGAGAUGUUUCGCAGCGAGUUAGAACGGCAGCGGCACAUCACGAAGCUUCACAUGGUACGAUUUAGAUUUGAGUGCCAAGAAUGUGGACUAGGUUUCAAACAAAAAUUAUUGUUAACACAGCAUUUGCUGUCACAUUCCUCAGAACGUAACUAUUCGUGCGAUCAAUGUGAAAUGACAUUCAAAACAUCAAAUCAUUUACGAAGGCACAAACGUACUGUGCAUACGGAGGUCCGGUACCCCUGCGAGCACUGUCAUAUGACGUAUGGCCGGAGAGAUAAGCUGCGGAUGCACAUGGAACGGAUCCACGAUAUCCAGACCUAUUUCGUGUGCGACAUAUGCUGCGCUUCAUUUGAGUCGGACGGCAAGCUUCAGGAGCACAAGUUUCGCCACGAGAAUGCCCAGGAUCUUGAAUGUGGUGUCUGCUUGGUCGCAUUUGCUGCACCAGAAGACUUCAACGAUCAUCUUUGUAUCACGUAUCAGGAUGACUACAUUUGCUGCAAACGUGAUUUUCGAUAUCAUUCCUACUACAAUCGGCACACGUUUUUGGCCCACGGAUUGAAAACAAAUGCCCGUGUGAAACCCAAGGCCGGAGUCUUGAUGGGAAAGCAGCGUGCUCAAAGGAAACCGGUGGAACGUUGUCCCAAAUGUGAGCACGUGUUUGCGACACGUAAACUAAAGAAACAACACGUGGAAACAUGUAAAGGACAAGUGGUUAUCUUUGAAAUUGAACCCGUUGUUCGUACCCCUGUCGAUUCACGAAGCAACACUGAAUCCCCAUUCGAAGAUGCAAAUACAAACGAUUCCACAUAAUGAGUCAAAAUAGUAACAUAAAUAAAUUUCUUGUUGAGUGAGCUAGUUAGCUAAAUUGGUGUUGUGAA